GACACAAGUGAGAAAGCACACUGUGCUGGUGACAGCAAAAUAGAAACAGAGAUACUAAUCACCAGUAUCUUCACUGGAAAUAUGGAUAUCACUAUAUACUGCAACCAACUACCAAAAACAUGAAAACUGAGAGGGUGGACUUGAAUUUGUCUUACAACUCUACACUUCUAGUGUGUGGCUUGCAGGGACAGCAAACUGUAUGUUUUGGAUAAGAGGAGCACACAGAGUUCGACACCUGAACCGUCCCCAGAGUCGGCCAGCAUGUCAUCCAACUCGUCAUCCAACUCCACGCUCGAUAAUCUGUGUGCACCGGACGACAACCUCUGUAUUGCAAGGGAGCAUUUGCAGGGGGUGAUCAUCGUCCCUACGCUGCUCCUCCUGGGAACCCUGUCACCUUACUGUACAUGCUCUUACUGAGGUAUUGUCCUGAACGCAAGCGGGCACAUAUCACAGUCCCUCAACGCUACCACAGCUCAUCACACAGACACAAACAACGGCACAGCCAGAGACAUCACCUACAGGGCAUUGAUGCACCCCCAGGGAUAAACCCACUGGAACAUGAAGAGCUGCCAAUGUCAGUUCAACAAGUGCAGCAGAGUGUCAGGCCAACUCAGGCUGCAGUACCUCACAUGUCCACAGAGAGGCAUCAUGGAGCCUUCAGCCAGGUCACUGUCCUGCCACUGUCCUUCUCCAUCAAGCCUGAUGACACAGCCAGCCUCUACAGAGCCCGCAUGGACAACAGGGAUGUCAUCCUGAGGGUGCUCAAAGAAACAGCAAACAGCAGUGAGAAGCAGCACUUUUUGGGCUUUGCCUUGUUCGUGUCAGGACUGGGGCAGCACCCCUUCCUACCUGAGCUGCUGGGUGUGGUCUCAGUGCAGUCGCCCCUAAUGAUGGUUGUGGAGGAGCUGCAGCACAGAGACCUGUUGGGGUACCUGUGGAGAUGUCGACAGGACAACUUGGUUUCAGAGUCGUCAUGUGACAUGACAGAGAAGAGGAUCUUCAUCAUGGCAGGACAAGUGGCCUCUGCUCUGGAAUACCUGCACAGUCAGAGCUGCAUCCAUGGCAACGUGGCAGCUCGCAGUGUUCUGGUUGGUGGAGAUCUGACAGCGAAGCUGUGGGGAUUGGGCUCGGCCUACCGCAGGAGAACGCAGGCAGCUUCACCGGGGGAAGUAGAGGACAUGGAGAUGAGGAAGUGGCAGGCACCUGAAGUGCUGGGCAGAAGAGCCAUCAGUCAAAGCAGUGACGCAUGGUCCUUUGGUAUCCUGCUCUAUGAAAUGGUCACAUUGGGUGACCCACCGUUUGCCAAGAUCAUGGGGACUGAACUUCUGCAGCAUCUCCAAAGAGGGAAGCAUCUCAAACAGCCGGCCACCUGCUCCAACUCAUUGUACUCCAUUAUUAAGGCCUGCUGCAAUUGGCGCCCCGACCAACGGCCCUCAAUGUCGGAGCUCAUUAGAACGCUUCAGGCGGGGGAGAAAUCAGCCAAUGGCAGGACAGUUCUCAGAGUGCCUGAACCACUAAACAUUGAGAAGUACCUGAGGGAGGCGGGAUAUGGAGAGGCGUACAACUAUGCUGUGCUCUGAUUGGUUGAGAGCGCCAUCAGUCAGGACUACAUUGGUGCUGCUAAGGAAGAAUGAAGAAAAAACUUUAUCAGAAAAAUGCACAUUGUUACUUGUUUGUACUGUUGGAACAUUUAAACCUUUGAAUAUUUGAAGAGUAAUAUAUGGAUUGUAAAUAUUUCCUUUUCUGUGGUCAUCUAAAACACUAAUGGAAGUGUUUUAUGCACAGAGUUUCUCAGGAGCAAAACAGCAGAAGACAGGGGGUGCACUUUACAACAGUACACUAUGAAGGGACCAUGAUAUUGCACUAUAAAAUGAUGAGGAUGCUGGACCUAAAAGCUUUAACUGCAGCUUUUUGCAUCAUUACGACACAGAAUAAGCAUGAUAUCAUGUAUUCAAAUGCAUACUGACACCCUUUUGCAGGGUUAUUUGUCAUUAUCAAACAAUUUAGCCAGAAAAGAACAAAAUGUCAGCUGGAAACGGAGUUUGACAAAAGUCCUGGAAUUAAUGUUAAUUAGCUACCAAGUCAGAAAAGCUGAUUCAAUCUGCAAGUGACUGGUACACUUGCAGUUUGUGUCGGAGGUGUACGUGCAGAUGUCUCACUGUAUUCUAUACAGUAUUUCCCCUUACCUUAAAAUGAACCCAACCUUAGCCCUUACCCUAACAGAUCAUCUCUGUGGCACCUAUUACCUAAGCCUAACAGGAUCUUCUAAAGGACUGCAGUUAUGAUUCAGGUCACAGAAUACAGUGCAACACCUGGCCCGAAAUUCAAAGAUUGCAAAUGGUAAACUUUAAACAUUGCAAUGCUGAAAACAACCCUUGCCCUAUAAACCUGUAAUGAUCUAUUGUCACGUGUCAGACAGGGAAGCUAAUGGUGCAUAUUGAAAGCAAUCCAUGCAAAGUCUGACAUGCAAAUAAAAAAUGUAAACAUUA